UUUCAGGUUUUCUGGCGGUCAGAGAGGCAAAGCUCUAAUCCACGAACCUGGUCUCCAGGAGUCCCGACCUGCCAUUUCCGGGUUAAUCCCCACCCACCCAGAAUGUUUCCGGUCUUCAGCGCUGGAAGCGGCAGAAAGGCAGCUAUGAACACAAGGCUAUUCUGAAAGAAGUGGGGCAUGGCUGCAGCCCUACAGGUCUUGCCCUCUCUUCUCCGAGCCCCGUCACGUCCAUUCUUCUGGGGGCCCCCGGUGGCCCGGAUGUCCAGUGGUAUGGCUUUGGCAGAGCAGGCACGGCAGCUGUUUGAGAGUGCUGUGGGCGCUGUGCAGCCAGGUCCCAUGCUGCAAAGGGCACUGUCCUUGGAUCCUAGUGGCAAACAGCUGAAGGUGCGGGACCGGAGCUUCCAGCUACGAGAAAACCUCUACCUAGUGGGCUUCGGCAAGGCUGUGCUGGGCAUGGCAGCUGCAGCUGAGGAGCUGCUGGGCCAGCAUCUUGUGCAGGGUGUGAUCAGCGUUCCCAAGGGGAUCCGGGCUGCUAUGGAGCAUGCUGGAAAGCAAGAGAUGCUGUUGAAGCCACACAGCCACAUCCAGGUGUUUGAGGGUGCAGAGGACAACUUACCAGACCGUGAUGCACUGCGGGCUGCAUUGGCCAUCCAGCAGCUGGCGGAGGGGCUCACAGCCGAAGACCUGCUGCUUGUGCUCAUCUCAGGUGGGGGCUCAGCCCUGCUGCCUGCUCCCAUCCCACCUGUCACACUGGAGGAGAAACAGAUGCUCACCAAGCUGCUGGCAGCCCACGGAGCGACAAUUCAGGAGCUGAACACCAUCCGGAAGACCCUGUCCCAGCUGAAGGGUGGAGGGCUGGCUCAGGCUGCCUAUCCUGCUCAGGUGGUAAGCCUCAUCUUGUCAGAUGUGAUUGGGGACCCUUUGGAGGUGAUCGCCAGUGGCCCUACUGUGGCCAGUGCCCACAGUGUGCAAGAUUGCCUGCAGAUUCUUAAUCGCUAUGGUCUUCGUGCUGCUCUGCCACGUUCUGUGAAGACUGUGCUCUCUCGAGCUGACUCUGACCCCCGUGGGCCACAUACUUGUGGUCAUGUCCUCAAUGUCAUCAUUGGCUCUAAUUCUCUGGCACUGGCUGAGGCUCAGAAGCAAGCUGAGGUCCUGGGCUACCGUGCCAUGGUGCUGAGCACAGCCAUUCAGGGUGACGUAAAAAACGUGGCUCAGUUCUAUGGGCUGCUAGCCCGGGUGGCUGCAGCCCGCCUCACUUCAUCCACGGCCGGGCAUCCCUUGGAGGAAGAGGCAAAGCUCCAUCAGCUGGCAGCUGAGCUCCCGCUCCCAGACCUGCAGCUGGAGGAGGCGCUGGAAGCUGUGGCAAAGGCUAAAGGCCCAGUCUGCCUCCUGGCUGGUGGUGAGCCCACGGUGCAGCUGCAGGGAUCUGGCAAGGGUGGUCGGAACCAAGAACUGGCCCUGCAUGUGGGAACAGAGCUGGGAAGACAGCCACUGGGGCCUAUUGAUGUGCUAUUUUUGAGUGGAGGCACUGAUGGGCAGGAUGGGCCUACAAAGGCGGCUGGGGCCUGGGUCACGUCUGAUCUUGUCAGCCAGGCUUCUGCUGAAGGCCUGGACAUAGCCACCUUCCUCUCCAACAAUGACUCAUACACCUUCUUUAGCCGCUUCCAGGGUGGAACACACUUGCUGCAUACAGGGUUGACAGGGACCAAUGUCAUGGAUGUCCACCUCCUGAUUUUUCGUCCUCAGUGACGAAAUAUGAGGUAGCUCAUAUUUUGAGAGUAUAUAAGAGGCUUGCAAGGGCAGGGUCUAGGAAGAUCAAAGGCUGGCUCCCCAGGGCCCCAUUGUGCAUUAGGACUCCCUAUCUCCUUAGCCUGCUCCACCCAGACCCCACAGAUCUCCACAUUCGUCCCCCCCACCCCCCGACUGAAUUGUAAGACAAGGGCUCCUUUCUACCCCUACUUUCUGUUACAUCAGUAGGGAGCCCUGAGGCCUAGAAGAAGCUCCUUGCCAGUUCCCAGUCCUUAUUUCUUCCCCAGGAGCCCAUCUGCCCAGAUCCUCAGCCUGUUUCUUCCAUUGAAUAGAAAUAAAAAGGAGCAUGUUGUGGGGGUCUCAGCUCACCUUCCCUCAACGCUUUCUUCUUUAGUGCAGAUCUUGGGGUAGCUAUUAGGGAGGGGAACAUGGUGUAGCCCUAGCAAUGGUGCCAGCAUUUAAACAGAGUUUCUCACCCGCUUCUCUGCUGGGCACGCUCAGGGUCUGUUGAUGGUUGAAUAUGGCUCCUAGCAGCAUCAGUGUGGGUGAGCAGGACAGGUUUAAGGGUUGUCACCUAUUCAACCAUGACUCCCUGUGGCAACCUGACUCCUGCUGAAGCCUGGCUGGGUGGAAAUUUUCUACUGGCUACCAAGGAUAUUCCUUCAGUAUUUGGACCACCCUUGUCUUUCCUCUAUCUUACCCUCCCUCUAUCCAGGGGUUUCUUGAGGCUGCAGGGUAUUAAGCUUGCUCUCCCAUGUCAGUUCCAUUUCCCCAGGCUAAAUAUGCCACGUUCAGUAGCUGCUCCUUAGGGCACACAGUUGGGGUCCAGCAUUUCAGUGUGUGUUUCCAGGACUAGAAUGAUAGGUCAGAGCCGUGAAGGAGUUCAGCAGUCCCUCGCCCUAUCCUGUUAUAGUUGUCAGGGGUAAGUCCCUUGGGUUGGCCUGCAGCCACUGGCCUGGCUCCCCUUGAGCCUUCAUGCUCAGUAUCAGAGCCCUCCGUUGGCUAUCCUCACCGUGCGCCACGGCUCCAAUCCCUAUAUGAGUGAGCAGUAGAAUCACAUAGGAAUAAAAAGCCAUAGAGAACAGUGAGGCCUGGGGCUGCUCCUAUGGGCCCCUCUUCCACUGUGAGGGUGUGCAGGACUCUGGGUCAGCGCUGAUGGGAAGAGCCACCAUUCUGCAUGGGCUCUGGACAGUCUGGCUAGCAGUUGGGCCAGGAUCCCAAGACCUAGGUCCUACAUGUUCCAGAGACUGAGAGGGAGGGAGGCAAGGCAAGCUGGCUCUGAGGAGCAGAGAGGUUUAGGGAAGUAGAGUGGCAUGUACCAUUUUCUUUCCUGGUGUCAAAGUCUCAGGGCAUUCUGUCUUUACACUGGUGUUCUGGCAUCCUCCAGAGGUGUCCUGACUGUGUUCUUGACCUUGGGAAUGCAUUUCCAAUGGACACCAAGUUGCAGGCAAGAGCUUCGAGAGAAGAGGACGGGGGACCAAGGACUUGUCAGCCACAUCCUCGGUGUCUUUGUGUGGUGAGCAUGUGAGCACGGGACACGUGUCAGAAUACCUCUGGUAGUGUACCCACAAGUGCUUUUCAGAGUAGAGUUGCUUAUGGGUAUGGCUGCCUCCAUUGCCCUCUGAGGGCUUUACAUAUGGGCAGAGUCUUGCUGGAGCUCCCUUCAUCUGCCUCGGUCCCUUUUGCUGUGCCCGUGUUUUCAUAGUCUGGGGGCCAGAGUCUGAAUUGGGCCCCCUUAGAGCAAACUGUUGGUGGGCUUAACUCACUGUAUUUGCACACCUAUAUAUUUGGUCAGUCUAGAUGAUAAAAAUAUGCAAGUUCCUCACAGUUAGUGCUCAAUAGAACUUCCCACCCCCCUCCAUCAAUGUCAAUUAUGUAGCUGGGCCUGGUGGCACAGGUCUGUAUAUCCCAGGGUACUUGAGAGGCAGGAGGACUGAGAGUUCAUGGCUAGCCUGAGUUACAGAGAGAAUUCAAGGUCAGCCUAGGCAAUUAAGUGAGAUCCCAUUUCAAAGAUCUUUAAAAAGAAGGCUGGAAAUAUAGUCAAUGGUACUUACUAUUCUAGCAUGUGCGAAGCCCUGGUUCAGUUCCCAGCACUGAAAAAUAAAAUAAAUGAAUGAAUGGUUAAAUA